CUGUAUGAUCUCUGACUGUUAUUUGUGUUGUUUAUUUGUCUGUAUUGUGGGGUGAAAUAUGGAAGAGUCAGGGAACGCUGAAGGAGUUGAGAGUUCUGGGGAGACACCCCAGGUAAAGCUCGAGAUGAAAGUGCAGCCUGUAACACCUGUACCGCCUGACCCUUUAGAGGCUGAACUGCGGGACCAAGAGGAGAAACUCCGCUUGCAGACCCAGGCAGUUGAGAACCUAAAGGCAGAGCUCAAGAGAAAGGAAGAGUAUGCCCAGAAAGAGGCCCGAAGAAAAGUGUUGAUUGGAGAUAUGCAGAGGAUUAUGAGCCUCGGUACGACCAGUCAGGCAAGUAAGGACAUGGCAGAAUUCAUCCUCCUGCAGGAUGAGAUUCACCGGUCCUACUUUUCUAACUGGGAUGACCGAAUCUCAGGUCUAGAGACCAGUCAUUCAGCUUUGUCAAAGAAGCUGGAUGACAUCUCUGCUCAGUUGAACAACAUUGCCAAGCAGCUGCAGAUUGCCCCUGUUCAAAUUGUUCCUCCAUCUUUUGGCCCUUCUGCAGCACCUGUCCCAAAGCCCCCACACUCCAGACCUACAUCCCCACCUCAGUCCUCAGCCCCAUUUGAGCCGCAGCGGCCUAAGCUGACCCCUCCACCAAUGUUCUCAGGAGAAGAUCCUAAGGUGGAUGUGGCGGAUUGGGUCACUGCGAAGCGAACCUACCUGAGUGGGUUCAAGUGCAAUGAGGACGUGAAGGUAUCAGCCAUCCUGGCACGGCUGGAGAGGACUGCACUAAAAUGGUGCACCUCCACCUCCAGCAAGCAGGAGAUGGAGAUGGUUGAUUUGGCGCAGAGGUUGGGGGUGGCUGGAUUUCUGCAGGCCCUGCAGGACCGGUUUGCAGACAAGGAGCAGGCAAGAAAGGCUGCAGAUAAAAUUUUGCGCCUGGGCCAGAAGAAGUUUGAUUGCUCGUUGUCCAAACUGUAUUCCACCUUUGAGAGUCUAACAUCGACUCCAGGGUUGGAGAUGAGUGAGCAAGAUCUGCUCAUUCAUUUCCUGAGGGCAGCGCCUGAGCAAUUCCAGCUUGCUCUCUUCUCUCAGGGCCAUAAGGACUGGAGGUCCUUUGGCAGAGCAGCCCUGGACUUGGAAUCCAAGCUCCCUGGGGAAAGGGAAGGGACUCGUUCUGUCCAGGAGCAUGCGCAGCACCUGGAUCUGGUCCUCCAGGCCUUACGUGCUAACCAGUAUAAGAUCAACGGGGAGAAGUCCUCCUUUGGAGUUCCCUCUAUAAUCUAUCUGGGACACGUGAUUUCUGGAGAAGGGUUGGUUCCUGAGGCAACCAAAGUUGUUGCAGUUCAGGACUGGCCGCGACCUGCUAACAUUCGUGAUGUCCGGUCUUUCUUGGGGCUUGCAUCCUACUACAAGAAGUUCAUUAAGAACUUCUCAGCAAUUGCAGUUCCCCUGACUGAUCUUACAAAGAAAGACACUUCCUUUCUUCGGACGUCAGAAUGUCAGGAGGCCUUUACACGUCUCAAGGAGGCCUUGAUUCGUGCCCCUGUUCUGAAGUUACCUGACCCUACCCUGCCUUUUGUGCUUACCACUGAUGCGAGUCAGUAUGGGGUAGGGGCGGUACUUCAACAGGAUGAUGGGAAUGGUCUGCAGCCUAUCGAAUACAUGAGUAAGAAGAUCAAGACCAAGAAGCUGCAGGAUUCCACCUAUGAGAAAGAGUUGUAUGCUCUUGUGUCAGAGCUCAAGCAUUGGAAGCACUUCCUCCUGGGCCGGCACUUCAAGAUCUUCUCAGAUCACUCCACCCUCCAGUGGAUGAAGUCCCAGGGAGAGUUGAAUGACAAGCUUGCUCGCUAUAUCCAGUUCAUUGACAUGUUUGGCUUUGAACUGAGACACAAGAAGGGUUGCUACAAUCGAGUGGCAGAUGUCCUUUCUCGUAGGCCUGACGCUCUCUUUCUGAUCUCCUUUACUCACUCGUUUGGAGAGAGGACAUGUCAGACCAUUGCCCAGUUGCUGCCCCAGGAUGAGAUCUUAGGGCCUAUUGUGAGGAAUCUCCAGGACGAUCCUGCCUCUGAACCAGGAUACACUUUGGUUUCAGGCCUGCUGUACACAUGCAGCAGAGGUGAGGAGCGCCUGUGCAUUCCCCAGGACCGCAAGCUGAGGACACUUCUGAUGUCAGAGUGUCAUGACACUCAUGGUCACUUUGGUGCCCUCAAAUCUUAUGCAGCCCUGUCGCAGCGCUUCUUCUGAAAGGAGAUGAGGAGUGACAUGCUGCACUAUGUGGAAACCUGCGAGUUAUGCCAAAGGAACAAGGUGGUACGACGACCUCCCCUUGGCUUACUCAAACCCCUACCUAUCCGUGAUGCUCCUGCGCAGUCAGUUUCUAUUGAUUUCACUAACUUGGGUAGGACUACACCACGAGGUAUGCGUCAGGUCAUGGUAUGUGUGGAUCGGUUCUCCAAAUAUGCAGAGUUCAUCCCCUUACCAGCUGAGGCCCGUGUGCCAGCCGUUCAGGCGGCUUCUGCUGACAGGUGGGUCACACAUCAUGGACCACCCACCUCUAUUGUCAAUGACAGAGAUCCCCAGUUUUGCAGCAAUGAAUGGCAAUCCUACUA